CCAGUAAUCUGCCUGGGAGCAGCAGAUACAUUCUCAUUGUUUGCCAUUUCCAGUUUCCAGUAAUGGGAACGAUUACUUGAUGCGGCCAGUUUCUGCUGAAGAUCUGGGAAAACAUACAAAUUUUAAUGGCAAAUUUUUAUCAGUUUCCAUAAAAGAACAAGGGAAAAAAGCAUAACGUGGUUUUGGUACCUGGAGGCAUCACCUCUGAUAAUGAAUAUUGUUUUAUUUUGGAAUUAAAGUGUCUGUUCUUCAGGAACGAGAUGUAUCUUGCUCUGCUGGUGAUUUUCUUGCAGUGUUCAGAAGUUUAUGCUCAGGGGAAAGUUUUUACUUUCAACAGAGUUGAAAUCAGGGUUCAGCCAUCUGUCAAAGUGAAGAAUGGAGCUCCAAUGUCAAUUAGCUGCCAUGCUGAUAUUAGCAAAAAUACUGAUUUCCAGCUGAAGCAUAAUUUUACAAUUUUUAAGAAUGGGAAGCUUGUGUUUAUGACCGUAUCAGACAAAGAAGAUGCAUGGUAUGAAAUACCUGCAGCCAGGUCUUCAGAUACAGGAGACUAUGAAUGUACUGUGAAAGCAGAUGGAAAGCUGAGUUUCAGUAACUCCAUCUAUGUUUGGGUAGCAGGAAUGACCAAGCCAAUCCUGACUGCAGACAAAAAAGAAGUUAUAGAGGGUGAAGUUGUGAAAUUACGUUGUGAGCUGCCAGAAGAAGUACCUCCUUUAGAGUUCGUUUUCCGGAAGAUAAAGACAAAUUCAGCACCUAAGGAAAAACAUGUACUUGAACAAAACCAAAAUUUUUCUGAAAUGGAAUAUUAUGUUGAAGAGGGAGAUAAUAUUUUACAAUUUGAUUGCUUUGGCAAGAGACAAAUAAGAUCGGGAUGGGAAAGCUCACAACACAGCAACAGAACACUUGUUACAGUCAAGGAACCAUUUAUAAAGCCCACUCUGAUCACCAAGCCCUCGAAUAAUGUUACAGAGGGAGACCAAAUAGAAUUUGAAUGCUCAACUGUGGUAGCUCAAAUUCGUGACAUUGAAAUCAUCUUCCAGAAAAACAGAACAAUACUGAACAAUGUACGAGAUAAGAAAUUUUUGAAAUACUCUACAGUAGCUACUCAAGAGGACAGUGGUGAAUACCUGUGUAAGGUGGAGCAAGGAGCGGUGUCUAAAACCACCAAACUGAAUGUCUAUGUGUCAGAAUUAUUCCCCAGGCCAACGCUGUCUGCUUCUAUGACUAAGUUGGAUGAAAGUAAAGAUUUGAUUUUGAGUUGCAGCAUUAAUGGUGUUCGGAGAGCCAACUUCUCUAUGUUACGGAAAAGUCCCAGUGGAGAUGUCCUGUUGAAAAAUUCUAGAGUCUUACCAAUUAAAGUUAGUGUGAAUGAUACUGGAUUUUACACCUGCAAAGCUGAAGUAAAAGGAAUAGUCAAGGAGAGCAAACCUGUAUGGAUAAAUGUUUAUGCUCCAGUCUCCAAGCCAACUCUUUCUGUUGUCAGUGGUUCACCAGAGGUGGUAUUAGGGAAGCCUCUACAUUUAAUCUGUCAUUCAGUGAUGGGAACACCACCAAUAACAUUCACAUUCUACAAAGGGGAUGAAAUAAAGAAAAAUGUAACUAAUGACACAUAUGCUACAUUCUUGGAUGAAGAUAUUGGGCUAAAUGACAAUGGAGGAUACAAAUGUGAUGCUAGAAACAAUCACUCCAGUGGUGUGAAAACUAGCAACAUUCUAAAUGUCACAGUGAUAGUGCCAAUCAGGGAUGCCAGUUUGGGCAGUAUUCCGUAUGGAGAAGUAGAAGUUGGCAGUGAUACUGCUUUCCUCUGCUCUGUAAAAGAAGGAUCUUGGCCAAUUGACUUCAAGUUUUUUAAAAAAACUGAUCGUGAAGUUCUUCUCCAUGAAGUAAGGGAAUAUUCAGACAGAACCAUAUGGCACAAGAAAACAAUGAAGAGGAGGGAUACAGGGACUUACUAUUGCAUGGCUUCGAACCGAGCCAGCGUGGAUGUGAGGAGCCGUCCAAUAACCAUCAGUGUCAUCUUAGCAGCGUGGCAGAAAGGAGUCAUUGCUGCAUUUGUCCUAACAGCCAUGGCAGGAGCAGGAGCAGUCGCUUUGUGGUGGUUUUUGCGUAAGAAGAAAAAGGCUAAAGGACCAUCCAUGGAGAUGUCUGGUUCUCCCUUGGCUCCAAACUUGACAAGUGAAAAACUAACAAGACAGCCCAGUGAUGGAAACUACUAUUCAGGAUCAGGUUACAUUGAAGAUAAUGAAAACCACAUGAAAUCAACAGAUGAGAGUAAAGGACCUGACCUUGAGAGUGCUGAGGUGGAUUACACUGAAGUUGAAGUCUCCACGCUUGAUCCUCACAGAGCUCCUGAACAGAAGGGGACUGAAACAGUUUAUAGUGAAAUCAGAAAAACUUAUAAUGCAAAAGCCCAGGAGUCCAACCUACUUCAGGAAGGCAGUGAUUCAGACAUACGUGUGCUUAUGGAAAUCACAUUCUGUGGAAAACAGGAAUUCUCAGAGAAUAUAUGGGCAUCCUGAUGCUACCUAGAAGAGUCACCUCAAAGAUCAUCUGGGAGAAGAAAACAAGCCAAGAUGGAAGAUGUUGAAAGUAUUUCAAAGGCUUUGCAGCAGUUAUUUAUGAGUUUGCCAGACUCGUCUUUUCAAAGUUUAUUUCCUUAGGAGGAACAAUAGAGAUGUUCCCAAAGCAUUUAAUGGAAAAAAAUUAGGAAUAAAAUUCUCAUAGGAAAGUGGCUCUAGAAACCACUGACCCAGGUUCUCAUCUGUAAUUUCUCCUGCUAAUGCAAUUGUGCCUUUUUUGCCUCCAAUUCAUCAUGCUCUAAGGAAACAAAGGGGGAGCUACAGCUGAGGAAGUACAUUUCUACAAUGCAGCAACUACUGUGAUAACAGUAGGACAUUGAAAUAGCUAAGCUUGCUUUAAACUCACGAAGCUGGUUAUCAGUGCCACCACUGUGGCAGAACAGAGCUCAGCACAGCCUGGCCAGCCAGGCAUGUACCUUGACAUGAUCUUGCAGCUUGUGCUGAGCUCCCUGUGCUGCAGCAGCUGGACUGCUACCAGGCUUGGAGCCAGCUCAGUUAUAGCUCACGGGGAUGUGACACUGCAGGGAGGGCCUGAGGGAAGAGUGAGCUCCAGGCUCCCUAAAAACUUGAAUAACUGUCAGAGAUUCAGACUUUACCAAGUGCUUCUAUCAGAGGCACAGUCUUCAUUCUUAGCUAAAUUGCUUGUCCCCAUUAAAAGUUCUGAUGCUUGUUGGUAAAUUUGAUGUGAUGGUUCUUCAAGAAAUGAUUGUCCAUCACAGUUAUUUUGGCUGAUUCUAUGAAAAGUCUUCAUUGAGUGGAUAUAACACACCCAGGUCUGCGAGUUUGUACCUGAAAAUCCUGUUAUGUACAAUCCUUAUUCCUUUGAUUUUAGGAGAGAUCUGAAGUUGUACUUGUGCCCACUUUCUCCAGUAUAGAAUUCCAUACCCAUCCUUUUUCUCUAUAGAAUGAUAAACCACUAACAUGGAUCUAGUUUGACACAGAUCUAAUCCUGCAGCCCAUGCUUAUGUUGGCUGCAUUAGUUUAAAAAAAGAACACAAAUCAAAAGAGCAAAAAUACUGUCCCCAACCCCUUAACCAGCUGUGUUUUGACAUUGCAGUUGCUCUUUUUUUCUUACUUCAAAUUAAAUUCCUACAACAUCUGAGUUACAGGUAAGAAGGUUCUCAUUUUAAUUACAAAAUAGUGAAAAAGAGGCCAUGGGUUUGUAUAUAUUUAUAUUGUUACUGCUUUAAGCGUUGCAUCAAAGGUGCAAAACCAGCAAGAAACACAAAAGGGGUUUAUAUCCUCCAUUCCAAAUGUUUAAAAUUUCAAGCUGAAAAAAAUACUGAUUAAUAUCUCUAAUUUAUUGUUCCCUGUGCAAAUUUGUGCACAUUGUGCAAUUUAUUUUUCCCUGUGUUUGUAUCAUGAGCCUAUCACAACUGACUUCAUAGCUCUCUUCUGUUGACAAAUGUUCUUUCAGCAUCCCAUGAGUGUCCAUGCAAAUGCGUUAGUAUAAGAAAUGUGAAAAGGUAUUUUAAUAAAGAAAACUCUGAAUUGAA